UGUUCCUUCUUUUGUUUUAGUCAGGCGGUCCUUCUGGCGCAGUGGAGAGGGGUCCUUCGUCGAUGACGUCGCUGGUGAUUUGGAAGAUGCUGUAGCGGAAAGUUGACGGACGCUGUUUAUUUAAAUUAAUGUUUACAUAUUUAUUCAAAUGCGGAGUGCGUACUACAAACCUCAAAAUGGAACCAACUGCACUUCUACGAAACUGAAAGCUUCAUGUCAGACUAAAGCGGACCCCCACGGCUCAGCCAUGCCCCAGAAGAGCGCCCAGAAGAGCGCCCAGACGGCCCACUACAUCGAGCUGGGAGGCUACCAGUACUGGCCCGUGCUGGUGCCCCGCGGCAUCCGACUGUACACCUACGAACAGAUCCCGGUGUUCCUGAGGGAGAACCCCUACAUCACGGACGGGUACAGAGCCUACCUGCCCUCCAGACUGUGCAUCAAAAGCCUCUUCAUUCUGUCCAAUGAGACGGUGAACAUCUGGAGCCACCUGCUGGGCUUCCUGCUCUUCUUCUUCGUGGGCGUGUACAACAUGGCCUCGGUGCUGCCGGCCAUCGGCGCCUCCAAAGAGGACUACGUCAUCUACUCCAUCGAACUCUUCUGCUUCCAGCUGUGCAUGCUGUGCUCGGUGGGCUACCACCUGUUCUGCUGCCACCGCUCGGAGAAGACCAGCCGCCGCUGGGUGGCGCUGGACUACGCCGGGGUUUCCAUCGGCAUCCUGGGCUGCUACGUCCCCGGAGUGUUCUACACCUUCUACUGCAACGACUACUGGCGGCAGGUGUACCUGGUGACGGUGCUCGCCAUGAUCCUGGCCGUCUUCUUCGCCCAGAUCCACCCUCAUUACCUCAACAAGCAGUGGCAGCGGCUGCGCUCGCUCGCCUUCUGCCUGGUGACCGGCUACGGCCUCGUGCCCGCCCUCCACUGGGUCUGCAGCACCGGCGGCUUCUCCUCGGAGCUCGUGCAGGCUUUUGUUCCUCGGAUUCUGGGGAUGUACUUCAUUGCUAUAUUAGCUCUUAUUUUCUACGUUUCAAAGGUUCCUGAACGCUACUUCCCAGGCCAGCUCAACUACCUGGGCUCCAGUCACCAGGUGUGGCACCUGCUGCUGGUGCUGAUGCUCUACUGGUGGCACCAGUCGUCGUGCUUCAUCAUGGAGUACAGGCACAGCCGGCCGUGCCCCGGCGCCGCCGCCCACCAGGCCUAGGGCGCCGCCCACCAGGCCGAGGGCGCCGCCCACACCGCGAGCAGCACGACGUUCACACCUGCAAGUCUUCAGUCCACCAGCAGGGGGGGGGGGGGGGGGCUGCAAACAAGGAUUCAAACCUGUGACCUGUCGAGUAUGUUGUUGUUGUUUUUAGAGCUACAAACUCUCCAGAAUUUGCACUCCUGUAGGAUUUACCCACGAAACCCAUCGAGGUUCAUUUGGACCCGCAGCAUCUUUUUAUUUCUAUGUUUUUAAAGAAAGAUUGUGUUCUCCAAGUGCCUGUGAACUAAACGUCACGUAGCACUUAUUCAAUUAUGAGGAUUAAAUAAUGUUUUAAAGUCGCUGCUGGACGCGAGUAAAUAAAAAGUGUUUUUUACAGUGUUGAAGUUUGAUGAAAAUCACUUCCAAAAUAUUACGAGUUGUUUCUUUACAAACAAGCAACACAACUAACCAGUAAAUAAAUAAAAAAAAAACGUUUUUAGAUGGAAAAACCAAAGAGCAGUUAAAUGUUCACCAGUUUAUAUCACCAGGGUCGUUUCUGUACAUGCAGGUACACGUACCUCCAUGUAGGUACACGUACCUCCAUGCAGGUACCGGUACAUGCAGGUACACGUACCUCCAUGCAUGUACACGUACCUCCAUGCAGGUACACAUACCUCCAUGCAGGUACCGGUACAUGCAGGUACACGUACCUCCAUGCAUGUACACGUACCUCCAUGCAUGUACCGGUACCUCCAUGCAGGUACACGUACCUCCAUGCAUGUACACGUACCUCCAUGCAUGUACACGUACCUCCAUGCAGGUACCGGUACAUGCAGGUACACGUACCUCCAUGCAUGUACACGUACCUCCAUGCAGGUACACAUACCUCCAUGCAGGUACCGGUACAUGCAUGUACACGUACCUCCAUGCAUGUACACGUACCUCCAUGCAUGUACCGGUACCUCCAUGCAGGUACCGGUACAUGCAGGUACACGUACCUCCAUGCAGGUACCGGUACAUGCAGGUACACGUACCUCCAUGCAGGUACCGGUACAUGCAGGUACACGUACCUCCAUGCAGGUACACGUACCUCCAUGCAGGUACCGGUACAUGCAGGUACACGUACCUCCAUGCAGGUACACGUACCUCCAUGCAGGUACACGUACCUCCAUGCAGGUACCGGUACAUGCAGGUACACGUACCUCCAUGCAGGUACACGUACCUCCAUGCAGGUACCGGUACAUGCAGGUACGCGUACCUCCAUGCAGGUACCGGUACACAAAGUAUGACCUGGAUUCAGUGUUUAAUGCUGCUCUGCCUCUGUUGUCAAACUGACGUUUUUAUUCACAAGUGUUUUGAGUUCAGUUUAUUAAACUGCAGAUUUUAUUAUUUUCCAGCCGUGAUAUAUUUAAAAAAAGAUUUUGUAGGCAUUUUAAACUAAUACUGACGUCUCCCACUAUGAAUUAUGUUUAAAGAGUUCUCAAGACAUUUGAUUUAUUCUCCACGUCGGCAACGUGACUCGUUGUAUUUGUUGAAUUAAAAAGUUUAAAUAGUUGCAACUGUCUCUGGUGAAGUUUCAGAUUUUCAGCCGCAGUAUUCUGUCUCCGACUACUUUUUUUUUUUUUUUUAGGGUGGUGUGCAAUGUUCAAGGUGACCCCGCCUCCCGUUUCUAUUCGUUUGGUCUUUUGAACGACUUUCUUUCCAAAAUGCUAAACUAUUUAAAGUUUUAAGACCGAGACAAAUGUUUCUGGUGUCACUAUUUCAUUGUUGUUGUUGUUUAAAUUAUUGUGAACCUGCUCUCUCUGUGUGUGUGUCGAAGUUUUUGUAGCAGCCGGAAUUUUUGUAUCUUGACUUUUUCAUACCUGAGAAAUCAGUGAACUCAAAAUAAAGAAAUUAACCGCUUCUUUCCCUCGA